UCCCAGCCUGCUUCCCCGCCGCCGCCCUCCCCACUCCCGCGCGUGAGCGUGGCGCGCGGGUCCCUCUGCGCCACCCGGCCGCCUUCCUCGCAAACUUUUGGCACCCCCGCCCAGGCGCGCCGGAGCGGGUGGGGGAGCGCAGGAGGAGGAGGGGCCGCGGAGGGCCGCGCCCCGCCCGGGGACAGCGGGGACAGCGCGCAGGACGCGCUCGCCAUGCAGAGCGGAGGCUCCGGGUGCUGAAGGCGCGGGGCCAGCAGAGCCGGGAGCGCGUCCGCGUCCACGCAGCGCCGGCGCCAGCACCAGGGCUCCUGCAUGCCAGGACGGCGGCGGUGGCAGCGAGACAUGCAACCGGCCCGGAAGCUCCUCAGCCUCCUCUUCCUCGUCCUGAUGGGCACGGAACUCACUCAAGUGUUGCCCACCAACCCCGAGGAGAGCUGGCAGGUGUACAGCUCCGCCCAGGACAGCGAGGGCAGGUGCAUCUGCACAGUGGUCGCCCCCCAGCAGACCAUGUGUUCACGGGAUGCCCGCACGAAACAGCUCAGGCAGCUACUGGAGAAGGUGCAAAACAUGUCUCAAUCCAUAGAGGUCCUGGACAGGCGGACCCAGAGGGACUUGCAGUAUGUGGAGAAGAUGGAGAACCAAAUGAAGGGACUGGAGUCCAAGUUCAAGCAGGUGGAGGAGAGCCAUAAGCAACACCUGGCCAGGCAGUUCAAGGCGAUAAAAGCGAAAAUGGAUGAACUUAGGCCUUUGAUACCUGUGUUGGAAGAGUACAAGGCCGAUGCCAAAUUGGUAUUGCAAUUUAAGGAGGAGGUCCAGAAUCUGACGUCAGUGCUUAACGAACUGCAAGAGGAAAUUGGCGCCUAUGACUACGAUGAACUUCAGAGCAGAGUGUCCAAUCUUGAAGAAAGGCUCCGUGCAUGCAUGCAAAAACUAGCCUGCGGCAAGCUGACAGGCAUCAGUGACCCCGUGACCGUCAAGACCUCGGGCUCAAGGUUCGGGUCCUGGAUGACGGAUCCUCUGGCCCCAGAAGGUGAUAACAGGGUUUGGUACAUGGACGGUUACCAUAACAACCGCUUCGUCCGCGAGUACAAGUCCAUGACCGACUUCAUGACCACGGACAAUUUCACGUCCCACCGCCUCCCGCACCCCUGGUCCGGCACGGGGCAGGUGGUCUACAACGGCUCCAUCUACUUCAACAAGUUCCAGAGCCACAUCGUCAUCCGGUUCGACCUGAAGACGGAGACGAUCCUGAAGACGCGGAGCCUGGACUAUGCCGGCUACAACAACAUGUACCACUACGCCUGGGGCGGCCACUCAGACAUCGACCUCAUGGUGGACGAGAACGGGCUGUGGGCCGUCUACGCCACCAACCAGAACGCCGGCAACAUCGUGAUCAGCAAGCUGGACCCUGUGUCCCUGCAGGUGCUGCAGACGUGGAACACGAGCUACCCCAAGCGCAGCGCCGGCGAGGCCUUCAUCAUCUGCGGGACCCUCUACGUCACCAACGGCUACUCGGGGGGCACCAAGGUCCACUACGCCUACCAGACCAACGCCUCGACCUACGAGUACAUCGACAUCCCCUUCCAGAACAAGUACUCCCACAUCUCCAUGCUGGACUACAACCCCAAGGACCGCGCCCUGUACGCUUGGAACAACGGCCACCAGAUUCUCUACAACGUCACCCUCUUUCACGUCAUCCGGUCCGACGAGUUGUAGUUGUCUCCGCCCGGAAAGCCCGGGGGGCUGUGGCCUCCCCCACAUGGACCUUCCUGUGGGACAGCUGCCGACAUAACCUAACGACACUAAUAAUACUAAUUUCGCAACGUCAGCAGCAGCGUGGGCCCCGGCGCCGCGCGGGGGCGUCGCCUCCCCGUGCCUCCGGUCGGAGCGAGAGGGCGACGCGCUUGGGAAGAGAAGAUGCCCCCGCCCCCACCCCCACCCCCGUCUUUGCAGCUGGAACUGCAGUCCAGGGAUCCCCGGUCCUGGUCCCCGCCCCUGCCCCGUCGCCCCACCCCCUCCCGCCUGGCCCCCCUUUCUGGUCAAAUUACCUACAGAAGUAAGGCAACGACUGUUGGCCAGUUCUCGCCCUGAGGACAACCACUGUUAGGUCGCAUGGACACUCCCCCUAGAUCGCGCUGGGCUCCGGUGGGUGUGCCUGCCGUGUCUCGUCGAGGGCCCGCGGCCGGCCGCGCUCGGCGUCCGCGGGGGCCGCCGUCGGCGACUGGAACUCAACCCAUCGCAGCUGCCGUCUCUCGACCGCCUGUUGUGUCUCCGCCGAGCUGCCCCGAGGCCCCGCGCCCCCACGGGCCCGUGCGCACCGCCUGCCGCCGGCGGCCCCGGGCGUGGCGUGGACAGCCGCAGCGCCCACUUGUUCGAGCUCGCGUCCCCCCCGUAGAUCUCUUGUGCCGCGUCUGUCUGUCGUCUCCUUGAGGUGGUAGCUCUGUGUGUUCAGUUCCUGCAACGAGUGUCGUAAAUGCCGUGCUGUAGUUUGGGUUUAAUAAGUGGAUGGUUUUUGUUCCUAAAAAGAAAAAAAAAAAAUUCAGUGUUCACCCUUAGAAAGAGGUGAUCAAGUUCCUGUUGAUCCUAGAGGAAUUACUCUCUUCUUGUUAAAUUAUCUAAAUAUCGUAACCUCGGAUAGGAAGGGCUUACGGAGGGAAACUCUGUUUCCGCUGGGAAAGGAACGAUCCCGAGGACAACAGUGCGUGGGGAGUUCAGUCUGAAGUUGAAACGAGCUUUGUACCGUCCAGUUAUCGAAGGAACAAUAAAGAUAUUAGGAGAUGUC